CGCAUUGCGUGGGGGUGCGAUUCGGCCUCCCCGGCCCCUCCGCGGCCGUGACUUCUCGCGAGAGGAGGAGCAGGGGGCGGGGCCGGUGGAGAGGAGGUGUCGAGAGGCGCCGCCGGUCGCGAGGCGUUGGAGGCGCGAGCUGCGGCGCGAGCUUCCUCAGAGCACGGCGUCGCGUCUCUACUGGAAGUGGAAGUGAAAGGGUCCAGGGAAAGGCCCCUGCAUCCAUGGACACGAUGACCAAAAGCCGGCUCUUCCGCCUGUGGCUGGUCCUGGGGUCUGUGUUCAUGAUCCUCCUGAUCAUCGUGUACUGGGACAACAUGGGCCCCACCCACUUCAACCUGCACACGUCCCUCUCCAGGCCGCACGUGCUGAAGCCCUUCCCCAGCCCCAAUUCAGCGCCCGGGGACGUCUUCACCUCCAGCCUCGAGAUUUGGGAGAGCUUCGUCAGGGAGAAGCAGCGCCCCCUUUUGGGUAAAAGGGUGGAGCAGCCCUCCCUGCCGGCCUCCAGCAAGCCUGUGCUUGGCAACCUGGAGGAGAGCGUGAGGGGCUACGACUGGUCCAGCCACACUGCCCAGCAGAGUCCGGACCCGGAUGGGCGGCAGGCCGAGCGGAGGAGCGUGCUGAGGGAGUUCUGCGCCAACGCCAGUUUCGUGUUCCCCACCAAGGAGCGCUCCUUCGAUGACAUCCCCAACUACGAGCUGAACCACCUCAUCGUGGACGACCGCCACGGGGUCAUCUACUGCUACGUGCCCAAGGUGGCCUGCACCAACUGGAAACGCGUGAUGAUCGUCCUGAGCCAGAGCCUCUCAGACCAGGGCACGCCCUACCGCGACCCCCUGGACAUCCCCCGGGAGUACGUCCACAACUCCAGCACCCACCUGACCUUCAACAAGUUCUGGCGCCGCUACGGGAAGUUCUCCAGGCACCUCAUGAAGAUUAAGCUGAAGAAGUACACCAAGUUCCUGUUCGUACGUGACCCCUUCGUGCGCCUCAUCUCGGCUUUCCGCAGCAAGUUCGAGCUGGAGAAUGAGGAGUUCUACCAGAAGUUCGCCGUCCCCAUGCUGAGGAUGUACUCCAACCACAGCAGCCUGCCCGCCUCGGUCAGCGAGGCCUUCAGCGCCGGGCUCAGGGUGUCCUUCGCCAACUUCAUCCAGUACCUGCUGGACCCGCACACGGAGGAGCUGGCGCCCUUCAACGAGCACUGGCGGCAGGUGCACCGCCUCUGCCACCCCUGCCAGAUCGACUACGACUUCGUGGGCAAGCUGGAGACGCUGGACCAGGACGCCGCCCAGCUGCUGCGGCUCCUCAAGGUGGACCGGCUGCUCCAGUUCCCCCCGAGUUACCGCAACAGGACUGCCAGCAGCUGGGAGGAAGGCUGGUUUGCCAACAUCCCCCUGGCCUGGAGGCAGCAGCUAUACAAACUCUACGAAGCAGACUUUGUUCUCUUCGGCUACCCCAAACCUGAAAAUCUGCUUAGAGACUGAAGGCGCUGGGGGAGAUCCUGAACACCAAAAAAAAGUGCUUGUGUUGUUCCUUUCAACCUGAAGGAAGGGCCGGUGGUACCAUCUUCCAGAGGAUGGAGCAGUGGCCUGCCACAUAUAUUUUUUUAUGGCUUCGUUUCUCUCCUGGUGUGAAUUCCACAGUGCUUGGUUGAUGAGCCCGCUGGAAACACCUGGAACUGAUCACACCCACACUCCAGUUUGUAAAAUAACCUAUGGUUUUGCAGUCUAGACUUACUGUUUACUGCCUCCCUGUAUUCAUUGAGUACUGUGUUAAUAUUGUUUUUUUAAGAUUAAUAUAUUUCAGAUAUUUAAUAUGAAAAGUGGAGAAGGAAGUGGUGGAGUAAAAGGUUAUACCUGC